UCGCGGCAGUAAUAAGUAGGUUUUUCUAAGGUUUUUGCCUUCCGAAAGAGGAACUAGUGUUUUUUCCAACCGAACGCUUCCAUUCCUAGGGUUAGGGUUAGGUUUUGGGUUUUGAAAAUCAUGAUGUGGGCGAUUCGCAGAGCUGCUCAUCCGCUCAGGAGCCAUGGUUAUUUCUUAGAAGCUCCCCGAGCCCUUUGUGCUAAAUCAGGCAGACUAAGUAAUGCCUUGGAAAAUUUUAUUGGUAGUCAUGUGAAUGACCUGUCUCUAGCUGGUAGAUGCCCUUCACCGAGGGGGAUUUUCAAUGGUCCAUCUUUUCCCACAAAGUUCUUUUCCCAGAGCCGUACUCUUUCUUCAGAGGCUGGCACUAAGAGCAGCGAUGAUGAAGGCGACUUAGAGGAAGGGUUUUCUGAACUAGAAACACCUGACACUAACAGUUUCGGAAUAGACAAUACAGGUGAAGAGAAUACCGAGGCAUUGGUCUCUGAACCAGAGCUUUCCGAUGAUGAAUCGGAAGGUAAUUUGUCGGAAUCUGGUCAUCACGAGCCUGACUUGUCAGACAAUGAAGCGGCUCCGAAGGGGGGCAAGGAGCCACGGAAGAAGGCCUCUGAUUCCCCUUUGUUCAAGGUUAUCAUGGAGGCUCCACGCCAAUCCAUCCGCAGUGCUAUUGAUAAAUGGGUUGAAGAAGGUAAACCUCUGGGCCGCACUGAACUCUCGAUUGCGAUGCUCAAUCUUCGGAAGCGCCGGAUGUUUGGGAGAGCCUUGCAGCUCUUGGAGUGGUUGGAAGCAAACAAGCAGAUCGAUAUCACUGAGCGAGAUUAUGCUUCUCGACUGGAUUUGAUUGCUAAAGUCCAUGGUCUCCAUAAGGCUGAAAAGUACAUUGAGAAAAUCCCACAAUCUUUUCGAGGCGAAGUAAUCUACCGAACGCUCUUGGCUUACUGUGCCAGCACCCUCAACGUCAAGAAAGCGGAGGAAAUAUUUAACAAGAUCCGGGACUUAGGGUUCCCAUUGACUGUAUUUGCUUGCAAUCAGUUGCUUAUGCUCUAUAAGCGGCUUGACCGUAAGAAGAUAGCAGACGUUUUAUUGAUGAUGGAGAAGGAAAACAUCAAGCCAUCUCUUUUCACAUAUAAGCUUUUGAUAGACACGAAAGGCCGUUCGAAUGACAUGACAGGCAUGGAGCAGAUUCUCGAGACCAUGAAGGCUGAAGGGCUUGAGCCUGACUUGCUUCUACAGGCGAUGGUUGCGAGGCACUUCAUUUCCGGGGGGCUCAACGAGAAGGCCCAGGCAGUCUUGAAGGAGAUGGAGGGAGACAGUCUGAAGGUGAAUCGUGGGGCGUGCAAGCUAUUGCUCCCUUUAUACGCGGCCCUUGGGGAAGCUGAUGAAGUGGACCGGAUAUGGAAUGUGUGUGAGACAAACCUGCGUCUUGAGGAGUGCUUGGCUGCCAUUGAAGCAUGGGGUAAGCUGGGGCGUGUGGAGAAUGCAGAGGCGGUUUUCGAGAAGAUGCUCAAGCAAUGGAAGAAGCUCUCACAGAAAUACUACACAGCCAUCUUGAAGGUCUAUGCGGAUCAUAAGUUGCUGGCCAAGGGGAAGGAUGUCGCAAAGCGGAUGGCGGAUAACGGGUGCCCAGUCGGUCCAUUCACAUUAGAUGCACUCGUGAAGCUCUACGUGGAGGCCGGUGAGGUAGAGAAGGCGGACUCAAUCUUGCAAAAGGCAACUCAGCAGAACCAGAUGAAGCCGCUAUACAGCUCGUAUCUCUCUGUCUUGGAUAAAUACGCGAAAAGGGGUGACAUCCAUAAUGCUGAAAAGAUAUUUCAUAGAUCGAGGCAAGCAGGGUAUGUUGCUAGGAUUCAGCAGUACCAAGCUCUCCUUCAAGCCUAUGUAAAUGGGAAAGCUCCUGCGUAUGGUUUUCGGGAGAGGUUGAAGGCAGAUAAUAUGUUCCCGAGUAAGACCCUGGCAGCCCAGUUGGCGAGGGUUGAUGCAUUUAGGAAAACGCCGAUAUCAGAUUUGCUUGAUUGAUGGGCGACUCUUGCUAUGGGUCUGAGCUGGGUAUCUGUGGUUGGAUCUGUUAUUAGUGAACUCUGAUGAAAUGGGUAUGUGUAUGCCAUGAGCUCAUGGGGUUUUGAAUUUUGGUCAUGGGAUGGAGGGUAAAUGUUGAGUGGGUGGGGCCCUUUAUAGCUUAAACAUAAGUUUGUUUGGAUGCACAAGUGAACUAAAUUCCAAGCAUUGAGUUUGAGGACAUGACAACCAAACAGUAAUAUGGUCAUGUUCCCUUUCAGCUCAGCUCGAAAGUUAUGUAGCGUUUGGUAUGAAUGCCAAGGAAAUUGCAAUUUGGUUGGUUCCACUUGAUAGUGCAUCCAAACGUGCCCAUGGGUUUUGAAA